AUGAGUUCAAAUCUGACAAUCUCCUCGAUUCCGGACGAUCUGAAAGAGAAACUCCGUAAGUUUCGUUUCGGGAAAAGCGCCCAAAUGCAAGCGAUCAUCUUGAAGAUCGACAAAGAUACUCACAAUAUUAUAUUAGAUGAAGAGUUUGAGGACUGUACGAUUGAUGAGUUGCGUGAAGAGCUUCCCUCUCAACAACCACGAUUUGUACUUCUUUCUUAUGCGAUUCGACAUGCAGAUGGUCGAACCUCGUAUCCAAUGUGCCUCAUUUUUUACAGUCCACCAGGUUGCAGUCCUGAACAACAAAUGCUUUAUGCGGGCAGUCGAAAUUCACUCGUUUCAGAGUGCGAACUGACAAAGAAUUUCGAUAUUCGCGAUGUUGACGAUUUCACAAAAGAAUUCAUUGACUCAAAAGUCGUC